AUGCCCUACAAAAAAGUCGAGCUCUACGGUGGCGCCAUCACCGUCGACCUGCCUACCGCAUACGGCGACGCAAGCCAGAUUCGAGAAGUACCUGAUCACCAGGAACUGUAUCUAGACGAGAAUGGGUAUUCCGGCGUCAUUUUCGAGAUCCUGGAGUAUGUGGAGAAACCCACAGAUGCCGAAGCGCUGCAGUAUCAUUUCACGGAUUUAGUCGACGGCACGGGCGAUGAGACCAACAUGCUAGAGCAAUCGCAUGCUUCCAUGGCGAGAAUGCCUAACAAACCCGCCCACACUCUCUCAUUCAUCCAGACUCCCCCGCCGCCAGACCGGCCGCGCAAGACUCCCGACUUUGUCGCUAUCCACUUGCUGCUACUUCGCCUAAAGGAACAAGGUACGGAUAUCAUGAUCACCAUCAAUGUCCCUCAUUAUCCGGGCGAGUAUGAGAAGGCUGGAGCAGGCGAGAAGACGGCUUUGAUGAGGGAAGGUGAUGAGAUAGCAAAGAAGGUAUUGGAGAGCUUUGAUAUCAAGGAGUGGGGACUGUUCCAGGGAUGA